CACCUCUGAUUAAAAUUAUCAGCUUCAUCAGACUGCACUGAGACCCAGGACUGCUCCUCCUGGGAAAGAGAGGACCCAGCAAUGAUGAAGACCAUGUCUGGUGGAAACUGCAACCUAAACGUGCCGGCCAAGAACUCGUACCGCAUGGUGGUGCUGGGAGCCUCCAGGGUGGGGAAAAGCUCCAUCGUCUCACGCUUCCUCAAUGGCCGCUUCGAGGAUCAGUAUACUCCCACCAUCGAGGAUUUUCAUCGCAAGGUCUACAACAUACGGGGAGACAUGUAUCAGCUGGACAUCCUGGACACCUCUGGGAAUCACCCUUUCCCUGCCAUGAGGAGGCUUUCCAUCCUAACAGGGGAUGUUUUCAUCCUGGUGUUCAGCCUGGACAACAGAGAAUCCUUUGAUGAGGUCAAGCGACUCCAGAAACAGAUCCUUGAGGUCAAAUCCUGCCUGAAGAACAAGACCAAGGAAUCAGCUGACCUACCCAUGGUGAUCUGUGGCAACAAAAACGACCACAGUGAAAUCUUCCGCAAAGUACGCACUGAUGAAGGUGAGAAUCUUGUCUCCAGUGAUGAAAACUGUGCUUACUUUGAAGUGUCAGCAAAGAAGAACACCAAUGUGGAUGAAAUGUUUUAUGUCCUCUUCAGCAUGGCCAAGCUACCUCAUGAGAUGAGCCCUUCCCUCCACAGGAAAAUCUCCAUCCAGUAUGGUGAUACUUUCCAACAGAAAUCCUUCCGGAUGCGCCGAGUCAAGGACAUGGACGCCUAUGGCAUGAUCUCUCCCUUCGCUCGCCGGCCAAGUGUCAACAGUGACCUGAAGUAUAUCAAAUCGAAAGUUCUCAGGGAAGGGCAGUCAAGGGAGAGAGAGAAAUGCAUAGUGCAGUGAAGGAGGCUUGCACUUCUGUCUGAAGACAACAUCCACAUGCAGUGCCUUAAAGAAAAAUGGUCUGUGGAAGCAAAGAACAGGCUUUGGGGCUUAUUGAGAAAACCCAACACGGAGAAAGGAUAACUUCCUGUGGAUUCUGCUGAGUCACAAAUGUAAAUAACAUCAUCCUUGAAAAUGACUGGGAAUAAUCAUACACCUGAGAUACAAGUGCAUUUUUUUGUCUUUGUAAUGUAGUUCCUCUUCAUUCCCCUUUUUGUUUCAAAAAUACAGUCCUGAGAAGUAAAGACAUUUCAACCUUAUCGUUACAAAGAAAAUAGAUCAAAAAUGCACAGAAGGCAUUAACAUGUGAUCCAGCAUGCAUCUCUUACUAAGAGAGAGGAGGUUGUGUGUGUGUGUGUACCUCUGUGUGCCCAUGUGCACGUGUGCAUGCAUGUGUGGAGCUCUCCUUUUACAAAGUGGGACUUGCAUUUCAAAAAGCAGCAGUCUUAACUGAGUAUUCCCAGAUUGGGAGUGGACUCUAUAUAUGGAUGCAUGACUUUCACUUACUUCUGAGGGUACCUGCAUUAAGAACUUGGUUUUAUGUUUGUUGGGACAGUUACCAUUUGACAUUGACAUGAAUGUUGGUUUGUAUUACAGAUUUUAUUUGGGAUUUGUUGGGGUUUUUUUAAAUUAUCUGGGGGUCAGUUUUUAGCAAAAUCAGAUGGCAAGAGCAUUUGAUAUUAAACAGUGUCUGCUUUCUACCAGUGAAAGGUGGUUUACAUCUGUAACGCUUUCUAAUACGUACACUGACGGGAAGUGAAAUUAUUCUGCAAAAAGCCAAUGCAUUUGGCUGCUUUGAAAGCCUGGUGUGAUGUUGCUUCUCAAAGCAGCCACACCAAUUCUGAGUUUCAUAAUACAAAUGCCACCCUUUGCCUUUCUGGCCACUGGACUAAUGAUCCCUUCCUCUGCCUGUAUCAGCUGAGAAUGAGCAGACUUAUAUGUAGAAUCAGAACACUUCAGGGGCAGGAUUGGAUUCUUUUUCAAAAAUAAGAACUGAAUGGUUAUAGGGCCAGCUCCUUCAUAUUUCUUCUGCUGACAUGCUUCUAGUAAUUUUGUUCAUGGGUUCUCUCACUGUCCAGUAAAGGUUGCCUUGAUAAUUUGCACUGCAGAAGUCCUUCAGAACAGAAGCUUUGUCCUGGUUGUUCAAACAGGAUUGAACUGACUGGUCAGAUAAAUCUGGGGCUGUCCAUUCACUUCUUUCCUUUCUCAGCCCAGUACAGGCUUCCUUAUCUUCAGUUCACUCCCUGUUCUGCUUCUGGCUCUUUUGUUUGAUGAGCUCCUGUAUGCCCUCAAAGUCCAAUAUAUUCUCUCAAAUGUGAGCUUGCUACUCUUGCUGACUGGAAUGAGAUGUGUGCACACAUAUCUGUGGGCAAAGCAUGGCCCCAAGACAGUAAACAACAGUAGAAUAUAUAUGUUAUAUAUACCUCAGAAAGACGUUCAGAUAUAUUGUCCCUCCCUCACCCUAAAGUUCUGUGUUUGGCUACAUCUGCCUUGCUGUGUCCUGGGCAGAGCUGUGAGCUAGUUUGUGCUAUAAUUUGACAGGAAACCAAGAAUGAUGAUUGUCUGUAAAAAUUAGCCUCUGGGAUUCAAAGUCCCAUAUCCAUUUAUCAACUCCACCCUUCAUUGGUACUGUAUUGGUAAAAUACACUGUUCUUUUAUUCCUGUUGCCAGGGCAGCACCUUUCUGGCCAUGUCUCCCUCCCUUCUAUAAAUAUGUAUAUGGUUUAUGAUUAAAUCUGAUUUAUUUAUUA